GGGGCAGGGAAGCAGGAAAGAGCUCCAGCUGAGGGAGGUGCUUCGGCAGAAUUCCAGGGGGAAGCCAAUGGGUUGGAUGAGGUCAAGGUGGAGUCCAAAGUGGAGGCUGAACUUCCAAAGGAGGACGGUGGGAAGGAAGAGACCAAAGAGGCUCCUCAGGAGAUGACAGGUGGGAAAGGAGAGACCAACUCUGAACCCAAGGAGGCCGAGGGAAAGCAGGAGACAGUGUUGGCCACUGAGAAGCAGAAGGCUGAGGGGAAAGCGGCCGAGCCCGAAUGUGGGGAGAAAGCUGACGUCGAGGACCCGGCCAAGGCUGAGCUGGAGCAGGGCGCUGCGGAGCAGGAGGCCGGGGCCGGGUCCAGGGAGGCUGAUGGGGAGCAGGAGGCCACGGCAGCCUCUCAGGAGGAGAGCACCAAGACGGAGGAGCCCAAGGUUGAAGCCCAGGUGAAAGCCCCAGAGGCCACAUCGGACUCUGAGAAGAAGGCUGCUCUGGCAGAUGAGGCCCAGGCUGAGCCACAAGAGAGUGACACGAGGGAGGAGGAGGAGUCAGGUGGUCCCCAUGAAGAGCAGGAUCAGGGUGUGGAGAGAGCGUCGGAGGAAGGGGCAGGAGUGAGUCCCAGCUCCCCCGAGGAAUGGCCCGAGAGCCCCACGGAGGAGGGUCAAGGCCUCAGCCCAGAUGGGUUGGGCCCAGACACCGCAGCUUCCGGAGAGACCAGUCCCUCUGCCAGGUAAUGCCCAACCCCGGGGC